GGAGUUUUAUUUUGAACACCGGAUGUCGAUGUCCUUACAAAUCAGGAGGUCGUUAAAAUUCAGCGCCUGAUAUUUUGACCACGGAGAAACGACGAGUGUCAGGUAGCUUGACCGCAGUUCACUGCCCACGCAGCCACGGAGGAAUCGUUUGGAUAUAAAAGUAAAAUAUGUCAGCCUUCUCCUCGGCUCACAAAACCGCCGGUGACCUUUUCUCUGACUCUGUGGGCCAGAUGUUGAGCCAAGGUGGAUGUUUGACACAUGAUCUGGGGCAGAUGUUGGGAAGUGAGCCCAGUCUGAUAAAGAUGACAGAGGUUGAAUAUGCUCACCUUCAACACCUGAUCCAGACGCAACUGGAGGCACAAGCUGGGCCUCCUGAUGGGUCCGGUGUCCAUGGUCACCCUGCUACAGUGAUGGUUAAAGAUCCCACUGCAUCCACUGGGCUUUCUGCUUCCACAACCACUCAAGCUAUUGACCUGUCAACUUCAAAUGAGCUAGUGAUGCAAGGAGACAAGACACCAGGCCCUUAUGGAGAGGUUCCGGGUUUUGUUCUGGCCAGAAUCACAGGUAAAGGGAGUCUGACUAAACUGCGUGUUAACAGCAGGACGUCCUCACUGAGGCGACCCAGAUCAGCUGUGAGAGUUUGCUUGGAGAAGAGGUUCAAAGGCAUGUCUGCUGACUCCCCGAAGGAUGUUCAGUCAGUCGUCCUCAGCAACGUGUUUACAUUAUUUCAGCAGUCUGCAGAGGCUCAAGAGGCAGCUGUACAUCCAAAAAUGCAGAACUGGUUAAAAACAGAGGGAGCGACUCCUGUUGUUGUUUCCAGCCCAUACGUGGUGGGUGUGAAUAACCCUGCCCCCAGCAUGUGUGGUCAGGUGCUCGGCCACAUUCCUUAUACGGUUGAAGAGCACCAAGAUUCAUUCAUCCACAAUUUCUGCUUGGACCCGGUCGUUACAAAAGCUCACUGUACCAGCAGCAGCAACUCAACAGAAGAGACGCCGUUGAGAAACAUAGAGAAUGUGGUGACACAUGCUGCCUCCAGGAGGCGUGGUAGACCUCGCAGCCCUCAGCCGACCAAGGCUGUGGAGGACAUCCCAGACUCUGCUGGAGCAGCAGGAAGCAGCACUAGGCGAACAGCUCAGGCUCAUAACCAGCGCAAGGAGAAGCACAACAUAAUGGAAAGAGAGCGCAGGAAGAGGAUACGUUUGUGUUGCGAUGAGCUGAAGAUGAUGGUGCCAUUCUGUGACUGCAACACAGACAAACUCACCACUCUGCAGAGGACCACGGCCUUCCUCAGCUACAUCACAAAAGUGUACGGAGACACCUUCAAACAGGUAAGGAGUUUCAGGAGGCCUGUAGCGAUGAGAUGCAACUCUUUCAGAAGUCCAGAUCGCCUUUAGGUCAGAACCCUCUCAGUGUUGAUCUUGCGGCGGAACAAUGAUCUCACCCACUCACUUAUUUAUUCUGUAUAUUUAUUUAUAUUCAAUCAGAUAUUGGAGUAGAUCAGCUGACGUUAUCCCUGGUUGUUUGUUUUUAAAUGACAAGAGGUUUCCUUUAGUGUGGAACUCUGCUUCAGACCACAUUUCAGAGAUUUAGAAAGCGGGAAAAUUAUUUUGGGUGUCGAUGCUGAAUAAUAUUUUCUGUGAGUUUACGUCGUUAAUGCAUGUUAAUGUUUGAAUUGUUGUGUCAUUUCAUCCACUACUGAUGUUGCUUCCUCACUUUAGAACAGGGAUUCUCAACGGUUUCCCUGCUCCAACACACCUGAUUCAAAUAAAUAGCUCGUUAUCAGGCUUCUGCAGUGCUUGUUGACCAGCUGAUCAUUUGAAUCAGGUGUGUUGGAGCAGGGAAACAUCUAGGACCUCCGGAACAGGAUUGGGAAACCAUUCUUUAGAACCAGUAAUAAAAAAUAAAGAAAAAUAACGGCUUUUCACUGAGUUGUCAAUAGGUGGCAGUAUUUCCCUUAGAAACUUAGGAAAGAUGGUGCCUUUGGUAUUUCCAACUGACAUAAAUCUGAAUAUUAUUUAUGCUUCAAUCAACUGUUCUUUCCUCGAAUAUUGUUCACGAUAGUUAACUUUGUUCUUACCUUACAUUGUUCAUUUUUAGCAUUUAGUCACUGUCUCGUGACUUAGGUUUAGAAAGUGUGAUGGAGUUGGAACAUUUUUUAUUCUGAAGGUAAAACUGUUCAUUUGAUGUGUAGAGAAGAGUGAUGUUUUGACUGAAAAGUGGCUUUAUUUGUUCUUUCUUACAACAUGUCGCUGUAGCAUCUUACUGUACAUACAACAGUCACCCACAAAUAAUAAAUAGUAUUUAAAGUCAUGUAUAUUUAAUAGUUACAGCACUGGUAUUACAAAGUGGAUGUGGUCAUUGCUGGUUGAAAAAAAAAAAAAAAAAAACCCAAACGUUUUUUGAAGAUUGUCAAACUUAUUUUACAUUGCCAAACUUAUUUUUGCAUCCACACGAUUUAUUUCAUUUUUGAUUCUCAGAUGUAAAGAAUCAGCUUCACAUGUAAUAAAAAAAAAUAACUAUCAAAAGUUAGAAAACAUUUGUGCAUCAAUCUACAUAAUGUCUGAACACCUGGGUUGUUUUUUAACCAUUUUACAAUACAUACACAGCUCGUCGACUCGUCGCCUGUUUUCAUAUUUUACACUGUAAAGCUUGUAUGUUGAGGUAACACCUGUGAUUCACACUAUUGGGCCGUGAUAACAUGCACAAUCGCUUCAGAGACAAACGCUGUUGUUUUUUUUGUAUCUGCCAGAAGGAUGUUAACCAAAGUAAUGGGCAUGGAAACAACAUGUACAAAGUUUUUAUACACAACAGAGAGGGGAUCAUUAUUCAUUUUCCAGUUGUUUGUAAGUCAAGUCUUACGUGUCUCUGUUCACCUUCUCUCUGGAUGGUUUUCAUGUUACUCCUUGGAUUUUUCGUCAUAUCCUCUCAAAACAUCACAUCUGAUGAUGUUACUCUUCCCAACUUGUGAUACAUGUAUUCAAAUAAAGGAGGAGGAUGUUUUUGUUUGUGAUCAC